ACAGGCACCGUCAGUGACAGCGACAGAGGAAAGCAGAGGACAAAACUUUGAAACAACAUUAAAAGUCCGUUUCAAAUGCGGCUUUACCGACAGACGAGUACAGACCGAGCGGGAAUUUAAUCUGUUUCGCCGUGUUGAAGCCGACAGACGGGGAUAGAACAUGGUUCUGCAGAACAGUGGACGGUACAGAGCAGACCGGGGACAAAGUGGAGGAGACCAGGAAAACCAGGACGAUGGAUCCGCCAUGUCCGCCCUCAAGCGGCUGGAGCGCAGCCAGUUCACCGACGAGAUGGACGCUCGCUUCGGCUUCGACAGGAUGAAGGAGCCGGGGGAGAAAACAGGCUGGCUGAUCAACAUGCAUCCUACUGAGAUCCUGGAUGAUGACAAGAGGAUGAUCAGUGCUGUGGACUACUAUUUCAUACAGGAGGAUGGAAGCAGGUUCAAGGUGGCCCUCCCAUUCAAGCCAUAUUUUUACAUCGCCACUAAAAAGAACUGCGAGAGAGAAGUCAUCUCAUACUUGUCGAGGAAGUUUCAAGGAAAAGUUGCAAAGCUUGAAGUAAUCCCCAAAGAGGACCUGGACCUGCCGAACCAUCUAGUCGGACUGAAGCGAAGCUACGUCAAGCUGUCAUUCAACACUGUGGACGACCUUAUCAAAGUCAAGCGUGAGGUCUCCCCAGCAGUGCGCAAGAACAGAGAGAGGGAGCAGUCCAAUGACACCUACACCUCAAUGCUAUCAAGUGCCUUAUCAGGUGGUAAUGUGACGUCAGCAGAUGAAGAGGGGAUGGCAAAGAGUAUCUCAGACCAGUUGGACAACAUAGUGGACAUGAGAGAGUACGAUGUGCCUUAUCAUGUGCGGUUGUCCAUUGACCUCAAGAUCCAUGUGGCUCACUGGUAUAAUGUUCGAUUCAGAGGCAGUGCUUACCCACCAGAGAUUGUACGGAGGGACGAUCUUGUGGAGCGACCAGACCCUGUUGUUUUGGCUUUCGACAUAGAGACCACCAAACUGCCGCUGAAGUUCCCAGACGCACAGAGCGAUCAGAUAAUGAUGAUCUCCUACAUGAUUGAUGGACAGGGCUUUUUAAUCACAAACAGAGAGAUCGUCUCUGAGAACAUUGAAGAUUUUGAGUUCACUCCCAAACCUGAGUACGAGGGGCCUUUCACUGUUUUUAAUGAGGAUGAUGAGGCGGCUCUCAUUCAGAGGUGGUUUGAUCACGUUCAAGAAACCAAGCCAAAUAUCUUUGUAACCUACAACGGAGACUUCUUUGACUGGCCUUUUGUUGAGACUCGGGCCGCCUUGCAUGGACUGAGCAUGCACAGAGAGAUCGGUUUCCAGAAGGAUAGCCAGGGAGAGUAUAAGUCAAGUCAAGCCAUCCACAUGGACUGUUUGAGGUGGGUAAAGAGAGACAGCUACCUGCCGGUAGGAAGUCAUAAUCUGAAGGCUGCCGCGAAGGCUAAACUGGGCUAUGACCCAGUGGAGCUGGACCCGGAGGAGAUGUGCCGCAUGGCAACUGAGGAGCCACAGACUUUAGCCACCUACUCUGUGUCAGAUGCCGUGGCCACGUAUUACCUGUACAUGAAAUAUGUUCACCCCUUUAUCUUCGCUCUGUGCACCAUCAUCCCCAUGGAGCCUGAUGAGGUGCUGCGUAAAGGUUCUGGGACUCUGUGUGAAGCUCUGCUCAUGGUGCAGGCCUUCCACGCGAACAUCAUCUUUCCCAACAAGCAGGAGCAGGUCUUCAACAAACUCACAGACGACGGCCACGUCAUGGACUCAGAGACCUACGUGGGCGGGCAUGUGGAGGCGCUGGAGUCUGGAGUGUUUCGAAGUGACAUCCCCUGUCGUUUCAAGAUGAACCCAGCUGCGUUUGACUUCCUGUUGCAAAGAGUUGAGAAGACGAUGCGACAUGCCAUUGAGGAAGAGGAGAAGAUUCCUUUAGAGCAAGUCACAAAUUUCAAUGAGGUGUGUGAGGAGAUCAAAAAGAAGCUGAUUUCUCUAAAGGAGGUCCCGAACAGGAUUGAAUGCCCCCUUAUCUACCAUCUGGACGUUGGGGCAAUGUACCCCAACAUCAUCCUCACCAACCGCCUGCAGCCAUCCGCCAUGGUUGAUGAGGCCACUUGUGCUGCCUGUGACUUUAACAAGCCUGGUGCCUCCUGCCAGAGGAGGAUGACCUGGCAAUGGAGAGGGGAGAUCAUGCCUGCCAGCCGCAGUGAGUUCCAUCGCAUCCAGCAGCAACUUGAGUCUGAAAAGUUCCCGCCGUUUUUCCCCAACGGUCCACCUCGGGCCUUUCAUACUCUCAACAGGGAUGAGCAGGCCAAACAUGAGAAGAAACGUCUGGCAGACUACUGUAAGAGAGCCUAUAAGAAGACACACAUCACCAGGCUGGAGGAGCGAGUCACCACCAUCUGCCAGAGAGAAAACUCCUUCUAUGUCGACACUGUGAGAGCUUUCAGAGAUCGGCGGUACGAGUUCAAAGGACUCCACAAGGUGUGGAAGAAGAAACUAUCGGCAGCUCAGGACAGUGGAGACGCUGCCGAGAUGAAGCGCUGCAAAAACAUGGAGAUCCUGUACGAUUCUCUCCAGUUGGCUCACAAGUGUAUUCUCAACUCUUUUUACGGCUACGUCAUGAGGAAAGGGGCGCGCUGGUACUCCAUGGAGAUGGCUGGCAUUGUGUGCUACACAGGAGCCAACAUAAUCACUCAGGCCAGAGAGCUCAUCGAACAAAUAGGGAGGCCCCUUGAGUUGGACACUGAUGGUAUCUGGUGUGUCCUCCCCAACACCUUCCCUGAGAACUUUGUGGUGAAAACCAGCAAUGAGAAGAAGCCCAAGGUGACCAUCUCUUACCCAGGGGCCAUGCUGAACAUCAUGGUGAAGGAGGGCUUCACCAACGAUCAGUACCACGAGCUGGUCGACCCAGCAACCAUCACGUACAACAUCAGGUCAGAGAACAGCAUCUUCUUUGAGGUGGAUGGACCGUACCUGGCCAUGAUCCUGCCCGCCUCCAAGGAGGAAGGGAAGAAACUGAAGAAAAGGUACGCUGUGUUCAAUGAGGAUGGCUCUCUGGCUGAGCUGAAGGGUUUUGAAGUGAAGAGAAGAGGAGAGCUCCAGCUCAUUAAGAUUUUUCAGUCAUCAGUGUUUGAGGCUUUUCUCAAAGGUACCUCUCUUGAGGAGGUGUAUGCCUCUGUGGCCAAAGUGGCUGACUACUGGCUGGAUGUUCUGUACAGCAAGGCUGCCAACAUGCCAGAUACGGAGCUGUUCGAACUGAUUUCGGAAAAUCGUUCGAUGUCCAGAAAACUGGAGGACUACGGAGAGCAGAAGUCAACUUCUAUCAGCACGGCUAAGAGACUGGCUGAGUUCCUGGGAGACCAAAUGGUGAAAGAUGCUGGUCUGAGCUGUCGCUACGUCAUUUCCAGAAAACCUGAGGGUUCACCUGUCACAGAGAGAGCCAUUCCUCUGGCUAUCUUCCAGGCCGAGCCCAGUGUGAAGAAACACUUCCUUCGUAAGUGGUUGAAGAUGCCCAGCCUGCAUGACUUGGACAUCCGCUCUAUCCUUGACUGGAGUUAUUACAUAGAGAGGUUGGGCAGCGCCAUCCAGAAAAUCAUCACCAUCCCUGCAGCUCUUCAGCAGGUUAAGAAUCCAGUGCCCAGAGUGAGGCACCCUGACUGGCUUCACAAGAAACUCCUGGAGAAAAAUGAUAUCUACAAGCAAAAGAAAAUCAGUGAGCUGUUCACCAGCGAGGGCAAGAGACAGGUGGCCCAUCAGCCUCUUGAAGCAGGCCAAGCUGCAGACAUAGAGGACUUUGGAAUGCCAGCCAGACCUCUGCAGCCAGCCAUUCCCAUCACUACCAAACGGAAGCGGGCCUCUCAGGGAGAGGACAGCCAGGUGGAGUCUCAGGAUGUUGCGCUCACUCAGUCCUGGAGAGAGAUCCUGGGGCCGCCCCCACCUACGGGAAAAACACGGGAGGAGCGUCUAGUGUGGCUGCGUUACCACAAGAAGAAGUGGGAGCUGCAGCUGAGGCAGAGGAAGGAGAGGAAGAAGAGGAGGAGGCUGCUGGAUGGUGAAGCUCAACCCGUAGGGGGAGGAGUGAUCAGAGAUGGCCCCACCACCGGCCUGGGAAGCUUCCUCCGCAGAACUGCACGCAGCAUCCUGGACAUGCCAUGGCAAAUUGUGCAGAUUGCAGAGACUAGUCACCCCGGUCUGUACAAGUUAUGGGCUGUAAUUGGACACGACCUCCACUGUAUGAAGCUCAACAUCCCACGUGUCUUCUAUGUCAACCAGAAAGUCCCAAAACAGGAGGAGGGAGCCACAUACAAAAAGGUGAACCGCAUGCUGCCUCGCUCCAACAUCGUGUACUACCUUUAUGAGUACUGUGUACCAGAAGACAUGUACCAGGAGCACAUCAAUGAGAUCAACGCUGACCUGUCGGCCCCAGACAUUGAAGGAGUUUAUGAAACACAGGUCCCGUUGCUGUUUCGUGCACUGGUGCAGCUCGGAUGUGUUUGUAUGGUCAAUAAACAUGUUGUGAGGGAUAUGGCCGGCAGGGAGGCCGACACUUUUGACCUGGAGCACCUGGAGAUGAGGUCUCUGGCUCAGUUCAGCUACCUGGAGCCUGGGAGCGUUCGCCACAUGUACCUGUAUCAUCACAGUCAGGGUCACAAGGCUCUUUUUGGCCUGUUCAUCCCCUCUCAGCGCAAAGCCAGCAUCUUUGUCCUGGACACAGUCAGAAGCAAUCAGAUGCCCAACCUGACUAACCUCUACACAACUGAACGCACUGCUCUCCUGGAGAAGACGACCGAGGAGCUUCUGCCUCCAGAGAAACACAACUUUGAGGUCCGAGCUGAAAACGAUGCAAAGGCUAUUUACCGUGCACUGCAGCGCAUACUCCUGAACUACAAGGAGGAGCGCCGUGGGCCAACCCUCAUUGCUGUGCAGUCAAACUGGGAGCUGCGGCGGUUGGCAGCAGGGAUGCCGGUGCUUGAGGAGUUUCCAGUUGUUCCAGUGCAUGUGGUUGAUGAGAUCAGCUAUAAUGUGCUGGACUGGCAACGCCAUGGCGCCCGACGCAUGAUCCGCCACUACCUCAACCUGGACAGCUGCCUGUCGCAGGCUUUCGACAUGGCCAGGUAUUACCACUUACCUGUUGGGAACUUGCCUCAGGAUGUGUCCAUCUUUGGCUCAGACUUGUUCCUGGCACGACAUCUACGGAAACACAACCACCUGCUGUGGCUCUCACCCACAGCCAGACCCGACCUGGGAGGAAAAGAGGCUGAUGACAGUCGUCUUGUCAUGGAAAGUGAUGACAGGGGCUCCGUGGAGAUCAAUGCUCAAGGAUGUUAUUCCACAGUGUGUGUGGAGUUGGACCUGCAGAGCCUGGCAGUGAACACCAUCCUCCAAUCACAGCAUGUCAAUGACAUGGAAGGUGGAGCUAGUCUGGGUGUCAGCUUUGAUGUGAUCCAGCAGGCCUCGUUGGAGGACAUGAUGUCAGGGAACCAGGGAGCCAGCGCUGUCGCUAGCUACGAUGAGACCGCUCUCUGCUCCAACACCUUCAGGAUCUUGAAGAGCAUGGUGGUUGGUUGGGUCAGAGAGAUCACGCAGUACCACAACGUGUAUGCAGACAACCAGGUGAUGCACUUCUACCGCUGGCUGCGCUCCCCCAGCUCUCUGCUCUAUGACCCUGCACUGCACCGCACCCUGCACAACAUGAUGAAGAAGGUGUUCCUACAGUUGGUGUCAGAGUUCAAACGUCUCGGCUCCACUGUGGUGUAUGGAAACUUCAACAGGAUCAUGUUGUGCACAAAGAAACGGAGGAUAGAUGAUGCCAUUGGCUAUGUGGAGUACAUCACCAACAGCAUCCACUCCAGAGAAAUUUUCCACUCUUUGUCCAUCUCCUUCUCCCGAUGCUGGGAGUUCCUGCUGUGGAUGGAUCCGGCCAACUAUGGCGGUGUGAAGGGUAAACUGCCCUCCAGCGUCAUGUAUGGAGAGGAUGGAGCCAAACAAAAGAAAAAGAGUGGCGAAGAGGGAGAUGAGGAGGGCAGUGAGGAUGAAGAUGAGGAUAGAGCUGAUGUUGAGGAAGAUGAUGGUGAUGGAGAGACAGAUGAGGUGGAGGAGCUGAUUGAGAGCAACUGGAACAUCAUGCAGUAUCUGCCCCAAACUGCCUCCUGUCAAAAAUACUUCCUCAUGAUCGUCUCUGCCUACAUUGCAGCGGUCUACCACAGCAUGAAAGAGGAGCUGAGACGUAACGCUCCUGGAGCAACACCAAUCAAGAGACGUGGAGGCAGCCAGGCUUCCCAGCAGGCCGUGGGGGAUUUGAGCGCUCUUCCUGGAAUGAUCUCCUUCUCCCAGGAAUAUGUGUCCAGCGAGCUGACACAGAACUUUUUCACCAUCACUCAAAAAAUCCAAAAGAAGGUGACGGGUACCAGGAGUGUCAACCAGCCCUCGGAAAUGUUCCCCGUCCUGCCUGGAUCCCACCUGCCGCUCAACAACCCAGCACUGGAGUUUAUCAAAUAUGUCUGCCAGGUCCUGUCACUGGAUGCCAACAUAGUGAACCAGGUGAACAAGCUGAAGAGAGACCUCCUGCGUCUGGUGGACGUUGGAGAGUUUUCAGCAGAUGCUCAGUUCUGUGACCCCUGUAACUCCUACAUCCUGCCAGAGGUCAUCUGCCACCACUGCAAUUUCUGUCGUGACCUUGACCUCUGCAAGGACCCAUCUGUGGCGCAAGAUGGAUCAGUGUUGCCUCAGUGGUUCUGCUCCAACUGCCAGGCGCAGUAUGAGACUGAGUCUAUUGAGAUGGCUCUGGUGGAAGCUUUGCAGAAGAAACUGAUGAGCUACACGCUGCAAGACCUGGUGUGUACAAAAUGUAAAGGAGUGAAGGAAGCAAACAUGCCGCUGUACUGCAGCUGUGCCGGAGACUUUGACCUCACUUUCCCAGCCAAGAGCUUCUCUGAGCAGAUCACAGUGUUUCGGAACAUCGCGUCCCACUACAACAUGAGCUUCCUGGAGGAGACCAUUGACUGGUUGCUUGUAAUGAGCCCACACAUCAGCCAGAGCGCUCACUGAAUGUGAUGUCUGCCACAGAGGUCCAACACUCCCUCGGCUGCAGCCGUAGCAACGACUUCUCAAUCUGGGAAUUCUGAAAUUUUUCCAGUUUAUGCACUUGUUUGUCAGCUUUGAUGUGUGAUGGUGUGUAAUAAGGACACUGGUGAGGCAGGUUGGAGGGGAAAUGUGUGGACUGUAGAUAUGUUUGAAUAGUGCCAUAAUAAAGUGAUGUAGGUUUGUGAAUUUCAUUUUAUGACUGUUAAUAAAUGUAAAGUGUUUUAA